UUUAUGUGCUAUUCCCGAUUGAUUAAUCCAGAUCAUCAAAUGUGAGAUAGACCUCUUUUAUACUAUGCUAUUAUUGGUUGAUUAACUUGUUUCAGUGACCGACUGAAAACAACUAGUCAAGAAUCUUGAGGUUACAGAUUCGAAUCUCUUAAAUAGUACCUUAAUCACAACAAAUUAAAACCUAUAUUAUCAACCUUAAAAAAAAAACUUGAGGUUCCGGACCUUCGAUAAGCCUCAUCGUUCGGUGGUAGCCUGGGUCCAGCUACCAGAACUACCAAUCCAUUUCUACCACAAGGAGGUACUCUUCGCCAUGGGGAACUUGCAGGGAAGAACAAUCAAGCUCGAUUACCACACCGAACAUCUUGAACGCGGCAAGUUUGCAAGAAUAGUGGUAGAACUCGACAUGACGAAACCACUCAAAACCAGGAUCCGGCUGGACGGAUGUUGGCAACAGGUGGUGUACGAGAAUCUUCCAGAAAUAUGCUUUGAGUGUGGCCGUAUCGGUUACUCGGAGUCCACAUGUCCCACGCUCCACCAAGCGCCGGUAACACAACUUUCGUCGUUUUCAGCAUGACAGUUGUUGGCGCCGGAAAAUUCAUCGGUGGAACCGCCAGCGUGAUACGGCCCUUGGAUGCAAGUGGUGCGCAAAUCGCGGAAUCCAACCAGGAAAGCCUCCGUCAAUCAAGCCAAUUCAACGGGCAAGGGAGUCAGAUUAGGAAAGACAACAACGAAGUCACCACCGAAUCAAAAGAAUGAGAAAGGAAGCUUAACGAAAUCAAGAGUGGAGGAAGGAAAGGAAGAUCAGAAGGGCAAUGACACAAAGGGAAAGAAUAACUCUAAUAAGGGGAAAGCCCUGGAUGAUAACGGUAACACAACCAGCGAGACUUCGAAGCCAAGGACGGCCCAGGUCUGGCGGGUAGUCGAGCCCAACCCAAACAAGGCCCAUCAGGAUGAUGGGUCGCAAAGCUCUGUACAGGAAGUGGAUCACCGUACAGACAAGGGUAAGAAAGAACUAGCAAACACAUUGAAACCCAUUAAUGGCCCAACCCAUAAAACGAAUGAUGCCAUGGAUUCCUCCCCGGGCCUGCCUAGCAUCUUCCCAUCUCCGCCGCAAUUGAAAGCAAAUCCCCUCGAAAGUAUCUCUGUUAGGAAACACUACAGCAAACGAUCGAUGGGCACCAAGUCUAAUCCGACCAACAAGAAACCCGACCACCUCCAGGUUACGAAGAAGGAUCAAGGAUCGCCCUCAGCAUAUAGAAAUGGGAAACGAGCUAACGAGAAGAAGAAAGCUCCAAUUCCCCAAUAGGUGGUGGAGGAAUUCCUGGCCCAAUCGCAGCAUAAACCAACGAAUGAAGGAGAGAAAGAGGGAAGCGGUGGCUGAUGAUCUAAUGACCGAAACCCCUUCUAUCUCGGUCGACGAGCAGGAUCAGACAUUGGCGAUUAUGGCGAUGAUGAAUCUGUUGAAAUUAAAGUUUAAUUAAGAUAAAAGUUAGAA